AUCUAAGGGCAUUUCAAGGUUGUAGGAUCACACCAGUAAAUCUAAACGGUGCUCAAAAACGGCCCAACUGCUGCCCAAAACUUUUCGGUUUCGUCAAUCAUAGGCAAGUGUCCCGCGCCUGGGAUUUCCGCAUAGUCGACUUGGGCAGCCGGUGUCGUGGCUUUCCAUUGGUCUCGCAACGAUUUCAUGCCGGCUCCCACCUUGCCUCCUCCAUCCAAAUCACCUGCGACAAGCAGUGUCUUGACUGAUUGUCCGGAGCGCACCAGCGCCAAGCUCGAACCCAGGAAUGCUCGUGGCUUCGAUCAUAGCCUUGACCGCUUCUCGCCGGGGACCCCGCGAUCCAUCUUUUCCGCACGGCGACGGGAUUGGGAACCAGCGAUCCACCGUCACGGAAGCAAGCGCUGAUAUGCCUUGCGUCUUGGAUAGCGCGACCCGCUCCUGCCACGCAGCAGCAUUGCCCGGAGCAGUGCGAGGCCCGGUGUCACAGGCGAUAGCACUGGAAGUUAGGUCGGGAUACAGGGCACCAAAUGCCAGGGUCGCGGCGCCACCUUGCGAUACACCAAUUACGCUUUUCACUUUCUUGGCAGGAAUGAGUGCGUUGAUAAGCAGGGCGAUGUCGUGCGCGAGAAUGGGGAUCGUGCAGGAAGCCGGGGUGGAGGAACGACCGUGGCCACGCUGAGCAUGAAGCAGAAGGUUGUAAGUUCCCUGGAAGGGCCACGAGGUGCUUCCUUGCGGUGCCAAGAUGUAUGGAACGAACCAGUCCCACAUAGACUCGUCCGUGAGCAAUGAGUUGGCGAAAACAAUCCAAGGGGCAUCGUCGUGAGUAACAAGUGUGACAGCGUGCAGGUGGCCUCCUUCCUUGUCUAUUGCGAUCUUGUGCUGUGCAUGAAUGGAUCAGCAAAGCAUUCAACUUGCGUGGCGGGUCUCCCACCUCUGUGCGAUCGACAGGCCAUGGAACCGCACUGUCAGACAUACCAGCAACAUCGAGAGAGACGAGGAAACGAGAGACCAUGUUGUACGUCGCGACCACCGCAGCGGCCUCGACCAGAAGAUCCUCGACCUGUGACGCCGAGGAGGAUAGGGGCUCAGCUGUUCUUGCAGCUUCGUCGUCACCUCCGCUGGGACACGCACAGAUGCAGUGCUGUGCUCUGCAAAUGCCAGUGCCGCGGCUUGAAAAGGCGACAAUAUGCCGGCAGGAGGUAGAGCAGAAAUAUCCCGGAUGGCCCAGAGUUGGGUCGUCGAGAGCCUAUGCGAACGACCGACGUGUUCGUGAUGAAUCCAUUCAAACGCCGCAUGAUUGAUGGCCGCAACGCGAAGGAUCAUAAGCUCUCGCACGUCCCCCGGAAGAGCGCCUUUGGUGCGGAUCGCUCCGAGCAACGAAUUCCAUCCCUCGGCGACGGGAGGUACAUGGAGCAGAGUGCCGUCCAACGGGAAACACCUGGGACUGGAAAUCUGCCUGGAACGAGACGAGACAUAUGAUGCUUGAUGGCCUUUGAGAUUGACAUUAGGCAGGUUCAUGACGUCAACGAUAUCGAGCUUGCCAUUAUCAUUCGACUAUCUCGCUCUGAUACCCUUCGCAUACCCUUUGCAAGUUUUCCGAAGCUUCAGACUUGAACCAUCAUUCUGUAGAUCAUGACCAUUCUAGCGAUCUACAAUCCUGCUGCAGGAGCCGGCACGGCGAAGAGCUUUUUCGAGGACCAUGUCCUACCUUUACUCGCAAGCCACGGAAAGACAGUUGAUAAGGUCGUCGGAACAGAACACCCUGGUCAUGCGGGAGAGAUUCUCGUCGAUUUCAUACGCGCUCAUGAUGGGACGUGGUGGGCGGACUCGAAACACAGAGUUGUCCUGGUUUUGAUUCCUCUUGGAACGGCCAAUGCACUGUUUUCGAGUUUCUUCCCACCCCAGUCCAACGCCGAUGGGUCCAGCCUGGAUUAUCGACUCCAAUCUCUGCAUGCAUUCAUUGCUGGCUCCGUGCCGAUCCCUUUGAAUUUGGCUAUCACAACGCUUUCGUCUCCGCCUGCAGCUCGUAAAGCUCCGCAAGCACGCAUUUCUGCGGUUGUAGUUUCAACAUCACUUCAUGCAGCGAUUCUGCGCGACUCGGAGGAGCUUCGGGCUGAAAUGCCUGGAAUUGAAAGGUUCAAGGUGUGGAUUGGUCGCUGCACAGAAAAACUGUCCGAUUUGGUAUCAGAGUUCCGUGAAACUUCUGCCUGCACCGGGGCCGACGUCGUCCAAAUCUAUGACCCUGAAGUCAAAUCUUUCGUCGCUCACCCAGAGUCCGAUCCUGAUGACGACACUAUUGUUGAAAUGGAAGGUCCAUUCUCCUACUUUCUGGCCACAGUGAAUGUCGGCACGUAUUUUCUUCAUGCCCUGCCAUCUGCAACUCAUGUUUUGUCAGAUCGACUGGAGCCUGCGUUCAUGAUCACGCCUUUGGCGUCCAAAAUCCCAGCGUCUGAGGCCGUCUGUGACGUGGUCAUCCUUCGACCUAUGCGGUCUCCAGUGUUUUCCGCAGAUACCCCAGAAGCUCGAGCUGCCUUCGUUUCGAUUCUUGGGCCGGUCUUCGGUGGAGCAUACCAAGGCGGCUCUCACAUUGAUCUGAGAUACAACGAGAAAGGGGAAGCCACUAUCGAGGGAGAUGGCCCAACUGUCAUCGAAUACAUUCGAUGUGGUGGAUGGGAAUGGUUCCGGUUAGUCCACCCAACACAGCCACGCUUGGAUGACGAGCUCAGCCCCUUCCAGGAUGAUCAUGACGAAGAUGCCCACCUCCUCUGUACCGAUGGUGCUCUCUCGACCAUCGAAAAGGAAGGAAGGGCGGUCUGCUCGGCGGUG